AUGCUUCCUAUCACAAAGGGUAUCAACGAAUGGAUCAAAGCCCGCACCGCCGACUGGGAUCGUCCGUUGAAGGUCGUAGGACUUCUGGCUACUACCGACGAAGGAUGUGCCAUCUACUCGAACCAGACCAGAAAAGCAUGCGAGAAAGUGAAUGUGGGAUUCGAGAUACGUACUCUGGAGCAUGACUUUGAGAUUGUCAAAAGUGCUAUCGAGCAAGUCAACCAUGACUAUGAGGUGGAUGGUCUGAUCAUUUACUUCCCUCUAUUCGGUCCUGAUAAGGAUAACGAACUUCGAGCACUCAUCUCCCCCCGGAUCGACAUCGAAGCCAUCUCGCCUUCCUCGCUUGCCAAAGUUUACACCUCCACCCCUGGCACUCUCGCUGAGAUGGGAAUCGGUUUUCCCUCUCACUCUGUCUUCCCUUGUACCCCAUUGGCGGUGGUCAGAGUCCUGCAAAGUCUCAAAACGAUGUACGACCACCUUCGCCCUUCCGGACAACGUCUUUCUGGUAAAGUCAUCAGCGUCAUCAACCGAUCGGAAACGGUAGGACGACCGCUCGCCGCCAUGCUGGCUAACGAAGGCGCUUUAAUAUUUUCUAUCGACAUUGAUUCGAUCCAUAUUUAUCACCGCCACUCAGCCGCCGACCACUACUGCGUCACCCCUUUACCGAAAACAGUAGAAACGAAUGAUUGUCUCAGAUUGUCAGACGUGGUCGUCUCUGCCGUUCCGUCCGCAAAGUACAAGGUGGACACUGCGGUGUUGAAAACGGGAUGCGUCUGUGUGAACAUCGCCACGGACAAUAACUUUGCAGAGGACGUCAAGGAUAGAGCUGGAGUUUGGGUACAGAGGGUUGGAAGUGUUACGAUCGCGAAUUUGAUCAGCAACGCUGUAAUCCUUCGUCUGGCAAGUGAGUGUGCAUGA